AUGAAGAGUUAUAAAGUAUUCAAGAAACCUUAUAUCCUUAUAGAAGACUGCAAGAACAAAUGUCAACCAUUUUAUAAAGAAUAUGUCAACUCGGAUGCUCCAAAGCUUCACCUGGAUAGUCCGACGCUAUGCUGUCCGUUCCAGGCAGCCAAGAAAUACAAACAAUCAGGCAGGCGUAGGCACAUCCGGGAAGGCUUUUGUGAGAUCUGCUAUGUAAGGUUCAACAACUACGAAGAACACAUCGAGGAGUUUGAGCACAGGGAGUUUGCCAAGGACAACUCUAACUACAAGAAGCUCGACAUAUUCAUAUCAACCUCGGCUUUUGAAAACAUAGGUCCUCCAGAGGAGUAUAUUCCACAGUCACCAACCUUCAAGCUAACUCCGGCCUCUAGUGGGAGAAAAUAUAAUGGCACAUGUUCGAAUGAUAACGAAAAGUGCAGCCAAACACUGCAUUUUUCUCUGAUUAGCACAGAAGGUUGUCUAGGGCAGGACGCCAUGCUGUUUGAUCACUUCAUUGCCGAAAUAUUUGAUAAAUAA